ACCAUGUGGGUAGUAGUUGUGCGUUGUGGGUGUUUUGACAUUUUUGUGACUAUUUUUGCAGCAACUUUUUUAGUAUUCGUUACAGCCCAGUGUUACAAACAAUAUUUUAACUUCACGAAGAAAGCUGAAAGAAUUCUGUCGUUGUAUCUGAUGAUAGCUUUGUAAAGGGGAAGGGGUCGUUUCGAGGCGGAUGAAAGCAUGGCCAAUCUUCGCUUACCACCCCUUCCAACGAUUCGCGACAUCAUUCGCCUGUACGGACUGAGGGCGGAGCGGCAGCUGUCUCAGAAUUUCCUGUUGGGCAUGAACUUGACGGAUAAAAUUGUUCGGCAAGCAGGCAAGCUGGCUGGUGCCCAUGUGUGUGAAGUGGGACCAGGCCCUGGGGGCAUCACAAGGUCCAUACUCAACCAAGGUGCUGCCAGCCUGACGGUUGUGGAGAAAGAUCGUCGCUUCCUCCCGAGUCUUGAAAUGCUUUCUGAGGCAGCAGAGGAAAGGUUAAAGGUCAUCCAUGGGGAUAUCUUAAAAUUCAACAUGGAGGAGGUCUUUCCUGAAAACUUGAAGAAAGCGUGGCAUGAAGAUCCUCCUAAUUUCCACAUCAUUGGUAAUCUCCCAUUCAACGUGUCAACGCCGCUGAUAAUCCGCUGGCUGGAAGCUCUGUCCAAUCGCAGAGGGCCUUUUGUCUUUGGUCGGACCCGUAUGCUGCUGACCUUUCAGAAGGAAGUCGCUGAGAGGUUGGUCGCACCUGUGAAAGACCUCCAGCGGAGCCGUCUUUCCAUCAUGGCUCAGCAUCUGUGUAAAGUCAAGCACUGCUUCACCAUACCCGGCACGGCUUUUGUACCCAAACCAGACGUGGAUGUGGGCGUGGUCCACUUUACGCCCUUGGAGGAGCCGCUCAUCGACCUGCCGUUCAAGCUGGUCGAGAAAUUGGUCCGUUCAGUCUUCCAUUUCAGAAGAAAGUACUGCAGACGAGGAAUUGAAAGUCUCUUUCCUUUGGAGAGGCCUGACCUGACAGAAGAGAUUUUCUGGAAGACGGCGAUUGACCCAAUGAGACGGCCCAUGACUUUAACAAUGGAGGAGUUCAACCUCCUUUGCCAAGCCUACUACAAUAUUUGCCUCCGGAUUCCUGGGAUGAUAGAUUACAACUACAGGUAGCAUUCAGGGGAAGGGGGCGGGAGAUGGGAAGGGGCGGGGAUUAAAGUGGGCGAUUAAUUGAAGACUGUUGUUAUCCUUUGUCUGGUACCAUGAGAUCUUGACAGUUAUCGUAACAUUGAUAUGCUGAAAAGCUGAAGUGACCAGUCUGUUUUUCUGGCUCACUAGAUAUAUCUUGCAGGAAAAAUUGUGAAACUUCGGAAAUUAGCAUUUGGCUGGUUACCAGCCGAAUACAGCAUGUGAUGUUAUUGUACAUGUACAUUGACUGGUAAUAUCAUUAUCCUAUGAAUAUUCAUUGUCUUAUGAUUAUAGAUGAUUCAUUAAUAAUAAAACCCUGGAAAUCGACCUCAGUUAAAUACUUUAAAAAAUCACAGGAGGUGUUAACUUCCAACUUCAUGUUGAAUGACUGGGCAUAUUUAUAAGCAGUAGAAAUUUAUUCUCAAAUUGCACGAAAAUCGUUAGCUUUAUAUAAACACACACAAAACACUUUGUAACCUUUGACAGGACAUUCGCAAUGAAUAUUUUGAAUUUGAAUAAUAUGGGGGAAAUUUAACAAGCCCUAGAGAAAUUCUCUGUUUUAGCUGUUUCCUAUCUCUAAGCCUAAAGAUUAGUAACAGUCCCUAAGGUGGCUAGUACAUUCUUAGUGCCUCUGCUUUCAAAAAUUAACAAAUAAACAAUCUUCAAAAUGA